AUGUCGUCAAGGCUCGCCCACACAACAGCAAAUCCACAGGGCAGCGGCCAUCCUGAUGGUCCCAUUCCAGACACAGCUUUUGCGAGUGAAGAGAGACAAGAUUUGUCGGGGACGAAGGAGGAUGCGCGUGCCGAACAAGGCGUCGAUCAGCAUGACCCGUACGCGGCACUACUCACGAGCAAUAAUUUGGUUAAAAUUAUGGAAGAGAUUAGGGACGGGCAAGAGACCAUAAAAGAAGUAAUGAUGGAAAAGAUGGAUCCAUAUCGGGAUAUCUCAGGGCUUGCAAAAGAAAUAUGGACCAAGUUUUGGUAUGCUCCAGAGGACGACAUCGAGUUUGGCUUACCUCGACACUCCUUGUCCGGGAAAAGAUUCUUUCAGGAGCUUAUGCCAUUUCCUAUAUAUCAGGAGGCUGACCACAACGAAAAUGCAGGCUACGAAAGUGGCAGUGAGAACGGAGUAGUAGGGAUUUGGCAGCUUUUUGAGGACCCUGGCCUUCGUACGUCCAUGGAUUACGCAGACGAUCUACGUGCAGUUCUCCGGGACUGGGUCGCCGAAUCCGCGAGACAUGUUUCCCCCUGGUCAGAUUGUUUAUUGACCGACGGCACAUUGAAGUCUAAAAUUCUCGGCCAGGAGAAACUGUGGGACGACAAAUGGCCUGCGGCCAGCAACGAAUUUGUUCGUUUCGUUUAUCCAGGCGUUGAAGUCGACGACCCGUUCCACUACGAUCCGAGGUGCAUUGAAAACUAUGCUAAAUACAUGCCAGAUCGUGAAACAGAUGUGCCAAGUUGCCUUAGUGGUGUUAUCAUACAAAUCGAUAUUGACCAGGAUGCGCGUAUAUGCGCCUUUAUCGAUUUCUGGGAAGACGCUUGGAACAUCACAAUAGCGAAAAUUGAUGCGACUGUCUCAGUCCCCUUGACCGCUUUCGAAAACGACGAGAAGCUGGGAGAGCUGAUAUUCAAGACAAAACGCGAAACACUACUAUCUUAUUUUAAAGUGAUGAAAUUACUAGGACUAUUCCUAGACUCGGUUCGGGCGACGCCGCGUUCUCUUGAAGAACUUUCUCAACACGUCAAAAACCCCACCCUGAGCGACUAUUGGCGCGAGAGCAGACGCAAGUAUGCCACAGAAUCUCGAACAAUCAUAAGUUAUAAUUGGGAUAUUGUGAACAAGCGACAGAGGGACUCGGCUGAAAGAGUCAUGGCCAAGUUAGAGCGGACAAAAAAUGAAGUACAGAGUCUGAUGGACGAGCAAUUCAAAGCUCAAGCUAUGACCGAAGCCCAGAAAAGCAGAAUCCUUAAUAAAUACCUGAUGGUAUUUACGUUCUUCACAAUUUUAUUCUUGCCCCCGACAUUUGUCGUGGCAUUCUUUAGCAACAGCUUGUUCAACUCGCCGCCCAACAAUGCUGCACCGGCCGCGAGUGAUUCGAGCGCAGCUGCAGCAAAUACAUUUUUGUCCGGGACUGACAACAUCAAAACAACAUUUUGGAUCAGCUUUGCAGUAGUGUCUGCAGCUACCUACGCUUUUGCUGGCGCCAUGAUGCUUGGAACUCGUGUACCUAGCGGCAAAUGGCGCGAUUUGGGCCGAGGGGUUAAAAGAGCUGUGCAUGAGGCGACGCGCCCUGCUCGGGAGGAGAAAAGUGAGGACCAUGAAGGCCACAGUGAAGAGUCGACAGCUGUCAAUGAGUUUGCAGAGAACAUCGAUCGCGAACAUAGAAAGUGGUGGCCAGUCUGGUGGCGCAGAAAGGCCAACCGGCCGGGUUCUCGAGGAAGCGAGAUAGAGAUGGAAGACAGGGUCUAG